AUGCGUAGCAAGAGUUCCCUGAUCUUAAGGAGAUUAUCCUAUCAAAUGAUGCUAAUACCAAGAUCGCGGUUAUUUGAUAUGGGCCCUCCUGGACUCCUCCAAAUUAGAUCCCUCUGGCUGAAGGAUGAACGACCUGAGGCACAAAUAUCACAGAUUCUGAGAAGAGCAGAUAAAAAUGAUGAUGGCAAAUUGUCCUUUGAUGAAUUUAAGGCCUACUUUGAGGAUGGAAUCCUGAAUAUAGAGGAGCUUCACCAGCUGUUUCAGAAGAUUGACAUACACAAUACAGACAACUUGGAAACAGAAGAAUUGUUUGAAUAUUUUUCCCAGCACCUGGGAGCUUAUGAAAGCGUCCUAUCUGCUUUGGAAGAUCUCAAUGUAGCAAUACUGAAGGCAAUGGAUGCUACAAAGAAAAAUUAUCAAGAAGCUUCUACUUUGGAACAAUUUGUAACUCGCUUCUUGUUAAAAGAAACUCUGAAUCAACUACAAUCUCUACAUAAUUCCCUGGAAUGCGCCAUGGAAACCACAGAAGAACAAACCCAACAAGAGCAGCAAGUCCCAAAGAAGCCAGAGGUUCUCAAAAUACAACAUCCAGGAAGACGUUCAGGUCGAAGGCUCCAGAGAAAUAAUAGUUUUUCUCCAGUUAGUCCUCUUUUGAACCCAGGUUUCCAGAAGGAGGACAACCAGUGGAUGACCCAAAUAAACAGACUUCAGAAGCUGAUUGAUAAGCUAGAACAGAAGGACCUAAAGCUUGAGCCACUAGAAGAGGUUUCAGAAGGAAAUACUAAAUCUCAAAUAAUGAUUGUUCAGCGUCAGAUGUCAGUAAUCACAGAAGAACUAGAGCCGUUCCGCUUUGCUCUAAAGCAGUAUGUAGAUAUGGCCUCUUCUCAGGAUGGAUGUCUGCACGUUUCUAUCCAGAAACUUUCAGGCAAAUCCUGUUUCAUUGUUUAUGAAUUUUGGGAAAAUAACGCCUGGAACAGUCAUCUCCAGAUGAAUUAUAGCAAGUCAUUCCAAAGAAGUAAUGUAGAUUGCCUGGAGACUCCAGAAAACAUUACAACUAUGCUUGUUCCUGCUUCUUGGUGCAUCCUGAACAACUAGAAGUACAUACUUCUUAAAAAUAAGCUUUAUA